AUGGAAUGCAACGGCUGCUAUGCGCUGAAAUCAAGAAGGUUCGUUGCGAUCGCUGAUGCGGGGUUCGAGGAUGCUGCAGACGGCGCCAGCGAUUUUGGUGACACGAUGAGUCUCGCACACAAGCACAAGGUUGUCGCGGAAACCGUGGAGAUGGAGGAGGAGCAGGGGUUUCUUUUGAAAUCUAGCCUGCUCCCUUACAAGGACGAAGAUGAUUUCGUUCUUCCUGGGAGUAGUAAGCAGCACGCAUCAACAUCAGGAGAGAGAGAGACAACUCUGUCUGGCAAAAUGGAUCCGAGGAUAGACAGACUGGGUUCCAUGCUUGGGACAGCCAGCAUGGCUGGAUUUGGCAAGGCAGUGGAGAUUCUAGACACACUAGGCUGCUUGAUGACGACCUUGAGCUCAGAUGGUGGCUUUGUUUCCAGGUCCAAGACCAAAGGGUGCAAGAUAUCAAUUCUUGCUUUUGAGGUUGCCAACACAAUACUUAAAGGUGCUAGUAUCAUGCAAUCUCUCUCGGAAGACACUGUCACAUACUUCAAGCAAGUUGUGCUUCCUUCUGAAGGUGUACAGAAUUUGGUUUCCAGUGAGAUGAGUGAAUUGAUGCGAAUUGCAGCUAAUGACAAAAGAGAGGAGCUGAGAAUAUUUUCUCAAGAGAUUGUUAGGUUCGGGAACCGCUGUAAAGAUCCCCAGUGGCAUAACCUGGAUCGCUACUUUGUGAAGUUAGAAUCAGAAAGUGCACCCCAGAAGGAGCUGAAAGAAACAGCAAUAGCAGAGAUGCAGAAGUUGAUGAACCUUGUUCAACGUACAACUGAUUUGUAUCAUGAGCUGCAUGCAUUAGACAGAUUUGAGCACGAGUACCGCUCUAGGCUAAACAGAAAGGGUAAUACAGAUAGAUUUGAAAAAGGAGACAAUAUUCAAAUUGUGAGACUGGAGUUGAAGACCCAAAGUAGUUAUGUGAAGAGCUUGAAGAAAAGAUCUCUCUGGUCCAAGACGUUGGAAGAAGUAGUCGAGAAGCUUGUAGACAUUGUGCACUACUUACAUGUUGAGAUCAACAAUGCUUUCGGAUAUUCUGAUGGAGGUGUGGUGAAUGCCGAAUCAACUGUGAGCUGUCAAAGGCUAGGACCUGCGGACUUGCAUUACAUUAUGCAAACAUUAUCAUUCAGAUUUAUAGUAUUGUUUCUCGAUCAGGGUAUGUGCCUGCAAAUUCAAGAGAUGCCCUCUACCAGGGAUUGCCACCAAGGAUCAAGUCAGCGCUUACCAAAUAAAUUGAGAACGACCUCAGUGCCUCAGGAGCUCACUAUUGAUCAAAUAAGGGAUAGGAUGGAGAAAACUCUGAAAUGGCUUGUGCCCAUGGCCAUCAAUACCACCGGUACUGUAUCCUGCUUUACACCAAACAUAUGGUUUAAGGUUGAUUCAGUUGUGCUGCUAUUUGUAACGCCUACUGUCUUUCAUGCUUACUUCAGUGCUCGAGGUUUCUUGAGGACUGAGAGGGUUGGUAAGUUUACCGGGUCAAGCAGAUCCGAUUGA